CCCCACAAGCGAGGAGGGCAAGAAGCCCAAAGAACCGGCGAUCGUUCCCCUCCAAUAUUCCAGGCCGCCGCCGCCGCCGCCCCCGCGUCCUUACCCCGUCGAGCAUCCGCCGCCCCCAGUCAUGAGCUCCGCCGCCGCUGUGGGACUGAACCGCCGCACGCGAAGCCGGCCGCCGUCGGUCGCGUCCUCCCGCAGGUCCGAUGAUCCCACCGCCGCCGCCGCCGCCGCCGCCGCCAACGGCAACGGAAAUGUCUCUGCCAAGUCCGCCUCCCCCGACCAUGCCUCAGGGGAGAGGACGGUCAAGAAGCUUCGGCUGUCCAAAGCGCUGACGAUUCCGGAGGGGACGACGGUCUCGGAGGCGUGCAGGCGGAUGGCGGCGAGGCGGGUCGACGCCGUGCUGCUCACCGACGCCAACGGCCUGCUCUCCGGCAUCGUAACGGACAAGGACAUAGCCACGAGGGUGAUUGCCGAGGGCCUGCGGGUUGAGCAAACUAUCAUCUCCAAGAUCAUGACAAGGGACCCUUUGUAUGUCAUGUCUGACACACUUGCUAUUGAGGCGCUGCAGAAAAUGGUCCAAGGGAAAUUUAGACACCUUCCAGUUGUGGAAAAUGGUGAGGUUAUUGCGAUGCUGGACAUUGCAAAAUGCCUCUAUGAUGCGAUAUCAAGACUGGAAAAGGCAGCAGAGCAAGGAAGUGCACUAGCGGCUGCUGUAGAAGGGGUUGAGCGUCAGUUAGGGGGCAAUAUCUCAGCUUCACAAAAUCUCAUAGAAACUCUGAGAGAGCGGAUGUUUAAACCUUCUUUAUCAACCAUUAUCACGGAGAAUACAAAAGUAGCAACUGUUUCACCUUCAGAUCCUGUUUAUGUAGCAACCCAGAAAAUGCGUGAGUUACGAGUUAAUUCAGUGGUUAUCACUGCCGGAAAUUCCCUGCAAGGAAUCUUUACCUCAAAGGAUGUGCUUAUGCGGGUUGUGGCGCAAAAACUUUCUCCUGAGUUAACUCUAGUAGAAAAGGUAAUGACUGCACACCCUGACUGUGCUACAUUAGACACGACAAUCCUUGAUGCUCUACAUAUCAUGCAUGAUGGCAAAUUUUUGCAUAUUCCUGUUCUUGAUGGAGAUGGGCGGGUCGCUGCUUGCUUAGAUGUUCUACAACUUACCCAUGCAGCCAUUUCAAUGGUUGAAGGAGGUCCGGGGACUGCAAAUGAUGCGGCAAACACAAUAAUGCAGAAAUUCUGGGACUCCGCUCUUGCUCUAGAGCCUCCAGAUGAGGAUUUUGAUAGUCACAGUGAAUUAUCUUUAGUGAUGCCAUCAGAAGCUGGGGAUGGCAGGAGUAGUAUUUAUCCUCCUGCUGUUGGUAAUUCAUUUGCCUUUAAACUUCAAGAUCAAAAGGGACGUAUGCACAGAUUUACUUGUGGGUCUGAGAGUUUAGAUGAGUUGAUAUCUUCUGUAAUGCAAAGGUUAGGCAUCGGUAGUGAAAAGAGCACGGUUCAACUUUUGUAUGAAGAUGAUGAAGGUGAUAAGGUGCUGCUGACCACAGAUUCUGAUCUUGCCGGUGCUGUGUUCAAUGCUAAAUCAUCUGGAUUGAAGGCCUUGAGGUUGCAUAUUGACGACUCAGAUCCCAACAAGGAAGUGACACAGCCAUUGCCAGAGCUGGCAUCGUCCCAUGGAAGUCAAUUGAUGCACGUUCAUUAUGGUCUGAUGGCUUGCACGAUUGCUCUAACAGGAGUAGCUGUGAUGGUUUACUUGAGACACUCGAAAGCAUAAAUUUCAAGAGGGAUGUAUAAAGCUAAUAUGCAUAGUUAGAAGGAUUGCACGCCUUGGCUCAUUGAGAAGGCUAAGAGUGAAGAAAUGAAGGGUCAUCAACAGUGCACUGAGUGCAUUGGUGGCCCAAAACGGAUCAGCUGACUGUCAAGUUUUCCAAUUGGCUCAGACUUGGUGGGAAGGAAGCCUAUAACUAUGGUAUCUUCCCGUUUAUAUUUCACGGGAAUUCACACUAUCGCAUAUACAGUGAAACAUGUACCUUUUACGACUAUUUCUUGGUCACCACGAAUUCGGUGAUGUCUCGAGUAAUCUCUAUAACCAUGUAUAUACAUCUGAGUAAGAAAACCAGUGCUGAAUCUCUCCUGUGUAGGAAUCAGAUCCCAAAGGUCGAGAUUCAUUUUUUUUUCACAGGAAUUCAUAGUUUUCACGAAUUGCGUGAAACCUGUGUUUCUUACUACUUUCUUGGUCACCAUGAAUUUGGUGGUGAUAUGAUGCUGCAAGUACUCUUAUUUGACUUGCUGUAUAACCAUGUAUAUGCAUCUGUGAGAGUGAAACCAAGAAUGAAUCUCCUGUGUGGUGUUCGAUCCUAAUGUUGAGAACAGUUUUUGUCUCA